UAUUGCUGCUUGUUGGAGUAUUGUUCUCCACUUUAGUACACUUCACAGGUGCACAAUCUGUGGGUGUAUGCUAUGGUGGAAAUGGAAACAACUUACCAAGCAAGCAAGAUGUGAUAAAUCUAUACAAAUCAAACAGAAUAAGCAAAAUACGGUUAUAUUAUCCAGAUGAAGGAGCCCUUCAAGCCCUAAGAGGAUCAAACAUAGAAGUGAUAAUUGGUGUCCCCAAUGACCAACUCCAAUCCCUCACAAAUGCAAACGCAGCCAAUAAUUGGGUCAACAAAUACAUCAAACCCUACUCCUCAGCCGUUAAGUUCAAGUACAUCGCAGUAGGCAACGAAGUUCACCCAGGUGAUGGUGCAGCAGGAUCUGUUCUACCAGCAAUACAAAACAUCCAAAGAGCAAUUUCUUCAGCCAAUUUACAAAAACAAAUCAAGGUAUCCACAGCAAUAGACACAACCCUUUUGGGAAACUCAUACCCACCAAAAGAUGGUGUUUUCAGUAACAAUGCACUUUCAUACAUAAGACCCAUCAUUAACUUUCUAUCAAGCAAUGGUGCACCACUUCUUGCAAACAUUUACCCAUACUUUGCAUAUGUUAAUAACCAACAAAGCAUUGGUCUUGACUAUGCAUUAUUCACAAAGAAAAAUCCAAAUGAAGUUGGAUACAAAAGCUUAUUUGAUGCACUUUUGGAUUCUCUCUAUGCUGCUCUUGAAAAAGUGAAUGCACCUAAUUUGAAGAUUGUUGUGUCUGAGAGUGGUUGGCCAUCACAAGGAGGUGUUGCAGCUAGUGAUCAAAAUGCAGGAACUUAUUAUAAGAAUUUGAUUAAUCAUGCUAAGGGUGGGACCCCAAAGAGGCCUAAUGGACCCAUUGAGACUUAUUUGUUUGCUAUGUUUGAUGAGAAUCAGAAGCAAGGUGCUGAAAUUGAGAGGCACUUUGGAUUAUUCAGACCUGAUAAAUCACCAAAAUAUGGCCAACUCAAUUUCACUUGAAAAUAUAUAGGUUGGGUAAUAAUUAUAAUUAUAGAUACAAUAAAUGGUACCUUGAUGCACCUAAUAAGGUUUUAGGCCAAUAAUAAUGUGAAUGGUGCCGCUUGUGAUUACUCUGCAAAUGUAUGCUUGUCUCUACAAAUAAAAUUGAAUAAUAUUUUAAAUAAA